CUUCAAUCAAUUGGCUUUACUGUGUUGGAACAUCAGGAAGUAAUUGGAGGAGGUAAGGAGCGGACUAGGACGCCACACAAGCGUGUUGGAUCGCGGCCUGCUGCCAGCUAUCGCUUCCAUUCGGUUCACCUUCAUCCACACUCAACAGCCAAGCAUGGAGGCUCGGGCUCGACGGAUCCACCGCCGACUACCGGGAUCCAUUAGACGCUUUUAACACCGGAGACACGACCCUGGAGCGGCUAAGGUCUUACAUUCGGAUCGUAUUGCCUUUCCAAGCGGACAUCUGGGCCGGACGCUCGACGGGAGCAAGAUGAAGCGGGUGGCGGUGGUUACCAGGCACAAUGGCCUCGUCGCCCCGCUGGGUAACAACAACUCCGGAGCUUCGAGCAUCGUCGCGCCUCCCCAGCGGAGAGCCCCCAACAUCGCCGCCUCCGCGGACAGACGCCCGGCGGACGGCAAGGAGGCUUUAUUGAACAUUUGCCGGAGUCCCGCUGUCAAGUCGGAGCUGGUGUGCAAAUGGGCAGGCCGAAUGUCGAGCAGGCAGCGGUUCGUCUGCAACCAAACUUUUACCUCCAUGCCCGACCUGGUGGACCACGUCACGGCCGAGCACGUCACGGCGGGGCUCGACGCCCUCAGUCACGUCUGCAUGUGGAGCGAGUGCGUCCGCGGAGGCAAGGCGUUUAAAGCCAAAUACAAACUUAUCAAUCACAUCCGAGUGCACACCGGGGAGAAGCCCUUCCUGUGCGCCUUCCCCAACUGCGGCAAGAUGUUCGCACGCUCCGAGAACCUCAAGAUCCACACUCGCACGCACACCGGCGAAAAGCCAUUCCAGUGCGAGUUUUGCGAGCGACGCUUCGCCAACAGCAGCGACCGCAAGAAACAUUCCCAAGUGCACACUUCUUCUAAACCCUACGACUGCAAGGCCCUGGGUUGUACCAAGUCCUACACGCACCCAAGCUCUUUGCGCAAGCACAUGAAAGUCCACAUCAAAUCGUCACCUACCUCCGAGCCCUACGACAUCUACAGCUCCAUCCACCAACACCAAGCACCUCAGCCUCUCCUGGAGCCCCUGGACCUUAAGAUCAACCACCUGUCCCCGUCCUUCAGCCACCAAACGAGCAGCUUUGACUUUGAUAUCAGUUUGGCCAACAAACUCAACCACAAGCUGGAGCCCAGCUCGUCUCCACUGGCCGUGCCCCUGGACCUAUCUCUGUCCGGACUCAGGCGGCACAGGACCCCGGGAAGAAGCCAUCCGUCGGGCAGCCCGGUCAUACCCGACUUGCCCAACAUGAAGGAGUGGUACGUCUGCACCAGAACUACGGGGCAAAGCUUGGCUCUGCCCCACCCGGACCACAUCAAGUCGGAACCGAGCGACGACGACGACUACGUCACGUAAGGCGAACGUCAGAGGAUGCCCGGACUUGGCUCCUUGUUCGUUUCGCUUUCCUUUCUGCUCAUUCGCUCAUCGAUGAGCUGAAGAAGACGACCUCGGGGACUGUUCAAGCGCCACUAUGCAUUUUCACGUCUCUUCUGUCGAUACGCCCACAUAAUCGCCGUGUAUGAUAGCCACGCCUUGCCCUGAUGCGGACCCCACGGCCUUGGGAGGAUUCCCACGUCCUGACUGUGUAUAGCUUAGCCCAAGGGUACGUGGGCACUGACUUUUGUAUGAUUUUUCUCUUCAUGGUAUUUUUUAUACACCGCCACAAUGGAUAUGAAAUAAAAAAAGAGGAUGUAAGUGAGUUCAUCUUAACGGA